AUGCCACAAAUAAAGUGCUUCAAUUGCGACAAACCGGGUUACAAGCGAUCCGAAUGUAGAAGCAAACCGAAUGAUGGUACAGGAAAUCCUCCAGUAGCGACGGUGACUAGUCAAGUAGCACAGCAGCUGGUAGCGAAGCCCCUAGUUUGCUACAAGUGUGGCAAACCGGGACACAUCGCCAUGCGCUGUACGAGCGGUGGUAGUCAAGCAGACGGUGGUGGCAAGAGCGAGGGAACGCGCGCGCACAUCACCGGGGCGCGAGUGGCGAGUGCUCGCGAGGCGAUCGCGCGAUUUGUCGUUAUUUGCGCAUGCGGCGCUGCGGUGCAGUGUGGCGGCGCGGUGCGGCGGCGGCAAGCAGCCGAGGACGCGCCGACUUAUGACGGCUCUUAUCCGCCAUCGCGGGAGCCGCUCCGCGCCUCUUGA